AUAAACACCAGUACACCACCACCAACAUUAAACCGCCCUCAGACGCCGCCCUCUUUCAAUUUCACGGCUGAGAUCAGUGGCCGGAAGCUCACAAUUUGACCGUCAAUGGCGGCUGUUUUUAGCACACUUCUUUUGCUCCUAACCUUAUCAGGAUCAUUUGUUGGCAUUUACACCCUUGGAGUGGGGAUAAACUACGGACAAAUAGCCGAUAAUCUCCCUUCGGCAUCACACGUAUCGGUCCUCCUAAAAUCCUUAAACAUUAGCCGCGUUAAGCUCUACGAUGCCGACCCAAAAGUCUUGAGUUCGUUCGCAAAUUCCAAUGUCGAGUUCAUCAUAGGACUAGGAAAUGAAUACCUCCAAAGAGUUCAAGAUCCUCAAGAAGCUCAAUUAUGGGUUCAACAGAAGGUACAACCUUAUCUUAUGCAAACCCGUAUCACUUGCAUAACCGUUGGCAACGAAAUCUUGGGAGGCCAAGAUGCGACAUUAGCACCGUACCUCUAUCCAGCCAUGAAAACCAUCUAUGAAGCUUUGGUUAAUCUUGGAUUAAACAAACAAGUUUACGUGACCACGGCCCAUUCCCUUCAGAUCUUAGCGACAUCUUUCCCCCCUUCGCAAGGAUCAUUUCGCGAAGAUUUGGUUCAAUAUAUGCAGCCCAUUCUUGCCUUCCAUGCUCAAACGGGUUCACCUUUUUUGAUCAAUGUGUACCCUUAUUUUGCGUACAAGAAUGAUCCGAAUAAUGUGCCUUUAGAAUACGUGCUUUUUGAACCAAAUUCCGGGGCCAUUGAUCCGAAUACGAAUUUGAAGUAUGAUAAUAUGUUAUAUGCUCAAAUUGAUGCGGUUUAUUCGGCUAUAAGAGCUUUGAAUCCUGCUAAUAUUCAAGUUCAAAUCUCUGAGACCGGGUGGCCUUCAAAGGGCGACGAUGAUGAAUUUGGAGCUACAGUUCAAAACGCGGGGAUUUACCAUAAAAACUUGAUCCGAAGGAUGCAACAACGGGAGGGCACACCGGGGAACCCUUCACAACCUAUUGAUAUUUACGUCUUUGCGCUUUUUAACGAAAACAUGAAGCCUGGACCGACUUCAGAGAGGAACUAUGGAUUGUAUUAUCCUAAUGGCACACCGGUCUACAACCUUGGCGUACAAGGUUACCUUCCUCGUAUGCAUUAUUCGGCUUCGUGGAGAAAUGCCUCAUCUAUCUUCAACCUUGUAUUUUUGCUCAUUGGAUUCUUAAUUCUUGCCUAAAGAUGGAGAAUUUGACUAACAUUUUGUUCACAAGAAUGCAUAGAAAGCUCAAAGUUCCUCAGGAGGGUAGUCUUUAGAGAUAAAGUCGAUUAUCGGAUAAGUUUUCACUUUCUCCAUUAGCUGCCUUCCAAGACUACGGCUGGUUUCACACCGAAGUUGAACCAAUCAUUUUUUUAUAGUCGUGAUAGAUUACCAAAGUUAUUAUACUUCUUUGUAUAUAUAUGAAAGAGAAAACGGUUGUAUUUGAUUAUAGUUGGUCAUUUUUUAUUCUUAAAAAAUGAAUUUAUUUUAGGUUAUAGAUUUCUUAGACUUGUGUUUCAGUAUGUCUAUUGGUAGCGUUAAGGAUCGAAAGUUUGUAAGUGGUAGUCUUGUAUUUCUUUACGUUAGACGAGUUUGACUCCAUCAAAAUGUAAGGAUGAAUUUAACCUGUAAACAUCAUUGGUUAUUGGUUACAACGUGUUUAUAAUAUCUCAACUCUAUCUUUUUA